AUGCCCUCUUCUGCGACUCUGCUCACCGAGCGCUUCGACGACUUGCUCUCUCGUCGCGCAUACCCCAAAACCAUCUGCCCCUCUGAGGUCGCACGGUCUUUGUCUGCAAGCGAGCUCCAGAGCCUGGGCGUGGGCGAGUGGCGCGAUCUCAUGCCCCGUCUUCGUGAUUUGGCGUUCGAGCUGCGAGACGGCGGACACGUUGAGAUCUUACAGCGCGGGGAGGUAGUUGGUCCAGACAGAGGGGAAAUGGACGUUAGAGGUCCCAUCAGGAUCAGGCUCAGGCUCAUGCCCAGGCCC